GACGCGUCAUGCCAACGACCGCGAGCGCUCCGGAGGACAUCUGUUGAAACCAUCGUAUACGCGCGAUUUUAAGAGUACAUUUCUUUUUCUCUUCCCGCAGAUUCUCUGUACUCACUCUCUCUCGUUCAUUGGCUUUCUCUUCGCCGUCGUCGGAUUUUUUUUUUAUUAUUGCCAUUAUCGUUAUUAGUACCAUUUACUUUUCUCACGCUUCCGGGCGCGAGUCAUCCGCUCACCAUCACGAGACAAAAUCCCAUCGCAGCAUAGGUUCCUAUAUUCUGCCGUCAUUCAUACACUAUAGCGAAUAAGUAUUCAAAAAGAGCACUUCUCUCUGCUCUCACGUAUCCCGUAGCUGCCGCCGCUGCCACCCCGAAACUAUAGUAACAUCAACGCCACUGCGACUAUUGCAGCAUUGACAAACCGCUGCGCGCGGCCACUCGGCGACAGCGGCGGCAGUGGCGGUGGCGGACGGCAGUCAGUCAGUCAGUCGCUCACAUCGCGGGCCGCGUAACCGUCGUGCAACGAGACCAGUCUCGCACUGCAGAGGUGUAUAAAAUCGCACUUAAACGUCGUCCGGUCACAGCCGCCGCCGCGAUCUUCUGAUCGCCGUCCCGCGGUCAUAACAGCGGUCGCGACAUGUUGCUAAGCCGAAGAUUGCGGCUGGGCGGCGGCCUGCUGGCGCUGAGCGUCGUGGCGCUGUUCACGGCCCACCCGUCACUGGUCAGGGGUGGUAGCUCGCACAAUCUGGAGAGCCACCAGUACAAGGACUCCAGGAAGUGUCUGUUGCAGCUGACGGCCAGGAUGUUGGGUUGUGGCGGUGGCAGCGGCGUCAAACGGACAGUCGGGACGACCGUCAAACUUCGGCCGGACAAACGCCAACGYGGUGGCAACGAUGACGACGACAACGAUUUGGAUCAGAACAAUAAUAAUUUCGAUUACAAUUACGACGACGACGGCGGCGGUGGUGGCGGCGACGGUGGCGACGGCACAAACUCCAGACAGACGUUUUACGAACCGCCGCUGAUCACGGACCCGAGGGACAGGAUGUUGCCCGUCAUCUACAGCCCGAGGCCAAUGUACGCGCCGCCACGCCAUCAGCAGCAACAGCCGCAGCAACCGCAGCAGCCGUACAACAGGUACGACGACCAAGGCGUCGCCCCGAUCAACCCGUUCGAGGUGCCCAUCAUCAUCGGUAGUUAUCAAAACGUCGACGUAAAAUUGAAUCAAGAAAUGAUCCCAGAGUGUCCGCCCACCGAAGAUGGAUUCGAACGAUUUGCUUGUCCCACUCCAGACAAGGAAGGACGGUUCAGGUGCAUAGACGACCACGUUCUGUGUGACGGAUACAUUGAUUGUCCAAAUGGCGACGACGAAGACAGAAAGAAUUGUUUCUUCUUCAAAACAACUAAAGCUCAUCUGGACAUACUAGCAGACGCUCUUCUACGAUGGGCAAGAGGACGCUAAUCUAAAAUGUAAUUUAAAACAAUAUCUUGAUAAAACGCCUACGACAAUUUAAAUUAAAAAACCAUAAUUUCAA